AUGGGAAAAACCAAGUUUACAGCCUUAGAACGUGUAAAUUCCAAUGACUAUAAAGAUGAUUUUUACGAAUCAAAUAAUAAAAUUAAAAAACAUCUCAUAGGAGCAUCCUCAAGAAAUAUAACAAAACAAGAAAUUAAUAUAGCGUUAGUUAAAGCAUUUGUGGAAGCUGAUAUCCCACUAAAAAAAGUCAAUAAAUUACAAACAUUCUUUAAAGAAUAUUGUAUUGAAGAAAAUAUGCUUAACGAUCCUUCAAAAGCGGUUAAAGAAUUAGCCAAAAUUUUUUUGAAUCAUGAAAAUAUUCUGAUCAUCGAAUUAAUCAUCGAAUUUAUUACUUUAAAUGCUCAACA